AACUGGCUGUGCCGCUCCGUUUUGACAGUUAAAAUGUACGCAGCUCUUGCUUGCAUCAACUGGAUGUUUAAUGAGGGCCUGUUGCUACACAGUCGAACAGCAGUGUGUGUCUUUCAGAAAGAUGCCCCUUUCAAGUUAUAUUACUUCGUGGGAUGGGGUGUGCCGUUCAUUUCGAUCGGUGUUUGGGCAGCAACUAUCAGCUGGACGCUGGACACGCCAUGUUGGGAAGGUUACGGUGAAUCACCAUACAUCUGGAUAAUAACCGCUCCCAUGCUCUUGGCUUUAAUAGUGAACUUUGGUUUCCUGGUGAAUAUUAUCAGAGUUCUGGUGACGAGACUUCACUCACGAGAAUCUACGCACAUCAGGAGAGCCAUCAAAGCCACAGUGUUGUUGUUUCCAUUACUUGGCAUCACACACUUGUUGUUUUGUGUCAAUCCGAAAGAUGACGCCACUCUCGAGGAAGCUUAUAUGAUAACAAAUGCUGUGCUGCAGUCCUCACAGGGGAUUUUUCUCGCCGUUCUCUACUGUUUUAUGAACGCAGAGGUACAAACUACUCUGAGAAAUGCUUACCUUCGCGCUGCUGUUCGUCGAAAUGCUACGUCCAGUUCCAGAGAUCGAUGGUACUCGAAUACAUCAGCUUCAUAUUAUGACUGCUCGGCAACUUACAGUCCUCGCCACAAAAGGGCGUCGUCUAAGCCUGUUCACAUUCGUCUUUCUGAUCUGAGAAAUUCGAAACAAAGUCGUUUGUAGUGGUGCUCUCUUUUGUCG